UACAAUGAGUGCACCAAAUAAAGCGCUAGAACUACAGCUGCAAAUGAAACAAAAUGCUGAAGAGCUGCAGGAUUUUAUGAGAGAAUUGGAGAGCUGGGAAAAAGAUAUUAAAGAAGUGGAUUCUGAACUAAGGAAACAGAGUGGUGUCCCAGAAGAGAAUUUGCCACCAAUUCGAAACAAGGCUUUUAAGAAAAAGAAGAAAAGCAAAAGUAAAAUCCCUUCAAAGAUAACAACAGACGAAAACAAGAAAAACAAGAUCAAGUCAUAUGAUUAUGAAGCAUGGGGAAGACUCGAUGUGGAUAAAAUACUUGAAGAACUUGAUAAAGAAGAUAGUACUCAUGAUUCUGUAUCUCCAGAAUCAGACUCUGAGGAGGAUGGAAUCCGUGUAGAUGCAGAAAAAGCUCUUGCAGAGAAGGAAAAGGGUAAUAACUACUUUAAACAAGGGAACUUUGAUGAGGCUAUAAAAUGCUACACUAGAGGGAUGCAUUCUGAUCCAUACAAUCCGGUAUUGCCCACAAACAGAGCAUCGGCUUUUUAUAGAAUGAAAAAGUUUUCUGUUGCAGAAUCUGACUGCAAUUUAGCACUUGCUUUAGAUAAAAAUUACACAAAGGCUUAUGCCAGAAGAGGGGCUGCUCGCUUUGCUUUGAAAAAUCUUCAAGGUGCUAAAGAAGAUUAUGAGAAAGUUUUGGAGCUGGAUGCAAACAACUUUGAAGCAAAAAAUGAACUGAAGAAAAUCAAUCAGGCUCUGUCAUCAAAAGAAAGUUCGGAACAGAAAGAGUUUGGAGAUGUGAUCAGACCAGAAUUAACAGACGAAGAGAAGAAGCGCAUUGAAGACCAGCAGCUCAAGCAGAAGGCUAUUACAGAAAAAGAUCUGGGUAAUGGUUAUUUCAAAGAAGGAAAGUAUGAGACUGCAAUAGAAUGUUAUACCCGUGGUAUAGCAGCAGAUGGCACCAAUGCGCUUCUGCCAGCUAACAGAGCCAUGGCUUAUCUAAAGAUCGAAAAAUAUGAAGAGGCAGAAAAUGACUGUACACAAGCUCUGCUCUUAGAUGCCUCCUAUUCUAAAGCCUUUGCAAGAAGAGGAGCUGCCAGAGUUGCUCUUGGAAAGCUAAAAGAAGCUAUGCAAGAUUUUGAAGCUGUUUUGAAGCUGGAACCUGGAAAUAAACAAGCAAUAAAUGAACUCGCUAAAAUAAGGAAUGAAUUAGCUGAGAAAGAACAGUGGACUCAUCAAGAAUAUCCUGCAGUAUUGAUAAAAGAAACGGAAAUAAAAAAUAUAGUGAAAGUGAUUGAUAAUCCAUUACACGUGAAAUCAACAAAGCCUUUGCAAAGAAUAGCCAUUGAAGAAGUUGAUGAUGACACACCAAGUAGUGAUUUGCCCAGCACUAUGUCUUUAGUCAAUAACUGGAGGAAUUCAAUGAGUGGUGAAACAACAGAGAAUCUAGAUCAGGAUGAUCAGUUGACUGCAAUGGACAUUCCAAAAGCAAAGCACUUAAAAAUAGAAGAAAUCAGUGAUACUUCACCAUUACAGCUUCCUGCUAGUGUGAAAAGAAGUUCAUCAGUGUUGCAUCCAUCUUUCCCUGUGAACAAACAGAGAGAAAAAGAAACCAGAAAGUCAUUUAAAUCAGAUUCUCCAGUCCCUGCCAUUCCUGCAAAUUCUUUCCAGCUUGAGUCUGACUUUAGGAAGUUGAAGGACUGCCCAGAAAAUAUGUACUUGUACCUGAAGCAAAUAGAGCCUUCGCUUUAUCCAAAACUGUUCCAGAAAUCCUUAGACCCAGACUUGUUCAACCAGAUACUGAAAAUUCUACAUGAUUUCUACAUUGAGAAAGAGGAGCCAUCGCUCAUCCUUGAAAUCCUCCAGAGGCUAUCUGAAUUAAAAAGAUUCGAUAUGGCAGUAAUGUUUAUGUCAGGCUCAGAGAAAAAAAUUACACAGGUAUUGUUCAAUCAUGUGAAUCACAUGGGAUUGAAAGAUACUUCUGUUGAAGAGUUGGAGAAGAAAUACGGCAUUUUCUCUUAGUGAGAUGACUGACGUAAAUUUCUGCUUUUGUGCUUCUUUCAUGUGGAAAUCAGCUAAAGAAGCCUAUAAAGACUGGAAUUUUGUUGCUUUUGUAUAAGUAAUGAAACUCUUAAACUUGGUUUAGCUGAAUGGCAAGUGCCUGAAGAGAUAAUUAUUUUGUUCUGCAGGUACAUUUUCUUUCCAGCACCUGAAACAGUACAGAGCUACAUUUUCUUCAGUGGAAUCUGUUUGCCUAAAAAACAAUUGGGUAGACUGGCAUUCAGGAUGAGGACUGUAGAUAGAGAUCUUUAUUAAAAGGAAAAAAAAGUAUUUAUAAACAUGUCUUUGGUAAGAAUGAAAUUGUGUAUAUUACAAAUGUGCAUGUUUUUUAUUUUAGAAAAUAAACUGAUUGUUGAAUUGAAGAUAC